AUCAAGCACAUCAAGUGUUUUAUGUAGAAGAUUUGAAUAGAGAAGGGUGGCAUUAUGCUAUUCAAAUCCCUCCUAGAGAGUUUUCAGAUGAUGAAACGGAGUAGACCCAAAGUUGCUGCUUCCAAAAAUCAGCUUACGGAAUAUGAGCUGCAACGGCUUCAAAAACUAAAAGUCAAUGCAGAAAGAAUGGAAGCCCUAGGAUCGGCAUCACUUGCUAAUAAGAUACUUGAAGACAAAACAAAAGCCUUAUUUUGUCCAAGUGCAAUGCUGAAUAGUACACCAGAAAAUGAGGAUGAUGCCUCUACGUCGGAAUAUGAUGGUGAAAAUGAGGUUGAAACUGACAAUCUCACUUCUGGAAAAAGAAAAGCCAGUAAACAGGUUUCAAAGCAAGUAAAUAAAUCAUCACUUCGCCCCAAAACUAUGGCUGAUGUUGUGGAAGUGAAUAGCCGUAAGAAGCAUGCUGUUGAUGAAGUUCAGAACAUUCACUCACUUAAGGUUGCUAGAGUUCAAGAUCAAUGCAUCCAAAAGAAGGAGCAAGUUAUCUCAGAAAAGAAGGGAUCAAAACGAGCGUUCUGUUCUCCUGGUUCCAUGUCAGCGUACCUCGAGUUUCGGAAAAAGCAAAAAGAAAAUAAUGAAGCGUUUGUAGCUAGUAAUCAGUCAUUGAAUGAUUCUCUUACAAGAAACACAAGGAUUUGUGGCGCUGCAUUUUAUGAGAAUGACAAUGAUGAUGCGGAUGCACUAAGUAGGUGGCUUGAUGAAGCGGAUGCACUGAAUGAGAAUGAUGAUGAUGUUGGUAAUGAACAUGAAGGUGAUCAAGAAUUAGAAGAUGACCUUCUAUCUAACUAUGGAAGGGAAGGAACACAAGGUAUUGUUUUUCUCUUACUUCCUUCCCAGCUACCUCUCCUUCUUGUUCAGUCCCUUAGCUUUUUUUCCCUUUCUUUUUUCCUCCUGUUUUUCCUUUCUUUUUUCCUCUUGUUUUUCCUUUCUUUUUUUCUCCUGUUUUAUGUGUUUUCCAUCUACAUGGGGAUUUUUUUUUAUUUUAUGCCAAAGAUUUGGUUAUUUGGAUGCCCACUGAAAAUCUUAAAUUUCUUCUUAACAUACUAUGGUUUUACUGUUAUUUGCGUAAAUUAGAAAUAAUCUGAUGACAUAUCACAAACUGAAUGAAUUGGUGCCUGUUAAAUAAUAAUUCACAAAUUUGUAUUACAGGAGAGCUACUAGGGGGUUUUACAGACCUCUUUUUCAGGUUUAAUGUUAUUGAGCUCAGUCAUCAAAACUCGGUCAAAUUAAAUAAUUCUCUGUACAUAUUAUGAAAUGACCUAACCUAUGCAUACAUGCAAGUAUAUUGAGUGUGAUGGAUGACUACUCUUUAUCUUUGUAUACUUAUAAUACUUAAUUAUAGUUUGUGAGUGUAUUGUUAUUAUACUAUGACACAAAUUGUAGAGAAUUUUCAGAGAUUACUUGGUUGGCAAAAGACAAGGGGAUGCUUACCCAGUUUCCCCGA